AUGGGAGCCGCACAGAGCACGGAACAAGAAGCGCGCCCCGAAGUCAUUCGAAUCGACCGAAAUGAGAUUCCCGAAGAAACCGUUGGUGUCUCAUCAGACGUCGUGAAGCGUGUCAAUGCAACCAGAGUAGCUGGAAAUGACGGAGAAAGCGAUCGUUUGAGACAAGAAUUGGCUCGCGAACGGGAGGAAAAAGCCAGAUUAAGAGAGGAUAUGGCGAAAUUGAGUCAGUUGCAACAGAGAAAGUCCGCCGGAAUCCCAGCACCCCAAGUCGUAAUUUCCGGAGACGAUUUGGAGGAUAGAAAGAGAUUUUCGAUGAGACCGUUGAGCGUGUGCAGAAGCAAUUCUUCGCCUAUCACCGAAAUUGUCAGAUGUCUUCAGGAGAAUCCAGGACGUGUACUGAAGUGUGCACCACUUACUGAGGCAUUCGAGAAAUGUGUCGGCGAGUUCAGACAACAAGUGCUCAAGGGAAAUUGA